UUUGGGGCCUUAGUCAUCUCGUAGUGAUCACGGGCUCCCUCGGCGUCUCCUGUCAGCCCCAGACCUCACCCCUAAACUUUGGACAUUUUCCCCUACGGUGUACCUAACCCCACUCCAACAAUCCCCAGACCCACCACAGUCCUUCCCCCAUUCCGCGGAAGCCACCGGCCGAGAGCCGAGGGCUCCUUUUGCACUGGUGCGGCGAGCGCGGGGUGCAGAGGUAACCCCGCAGUGCUGGGCGUGGGGUUCCCCGAAACGCCGGGCAGACUGCCUGGGAGUGGCCCAGAGCCGGGAGCCGAGGGCUGGGGAGCCUCCGCAGCAGGCCCGCCGCCCCCACACCCCGGAGGAGCGCCGUCCGCAGUGGGGCUGGUUUCCGAGGUGCUGAGCCCGGUUUGCGAUGUUAGCUUUUGUAGCUGAGGUUUCCGUGGGAUGGGGGCGGCCAGGCGGGAACCUCCUUCCGGCACGGUUGCGAGAUAGCAGAAUUAUGCCAGUAGCCGAAGAGCGGCUCGGGGUGGAGAACGGUUUUAGUUAAAGGUACAGAGCUUAGUUCGGACUCUGGCGAUUCAGAAACCCUAGGAUGGGAUCCGUUUGCAUCUGCGCUUGAGCUAUUAGUAGGUACCAUUAUGUCUUCGCUGUUCACAUAUAAAAUUAGUAAGAACUUUUAGACUUUUGGGGUUGGCGGUAAAUGAAUCCAGGAUGUUUACUUUCUACUUGUAUUUUCUGGUUACAGAUAAAGAUGUCUUUCUCCUUUUAACCGUCGCAGCAGAUUAUUAGACACUGUUGACCAGAAAUAAUAAAAGCCUUUGGAGGCCAUAUCGUCUUCACAAUCAUCUUCUUAGAACCCAUUUCUGUGUGUUGGGAUCAUUUUCAAAUCCAGAGCUAAGAAAAUACUGUGACUGUUGGAAAUGAACUUGAAGGAAAUUUUACACCUUGAAUAUGCAAAUUUCUACCCUUGCAUUAGUUUUUUUUUAAAAAACGCCCGAAUUCUGGUAUUUGAUGCCUUUUUAAAAUACUAAAUUGUCUACUUCUUUUGCCUAGGUCUCUGUGUUGGUUGGUUGAAACAAACAAAAAAAAAAAUGGCCUUCUACAGUUAUAAUUCAUUCUUAGCUAUUUUCUGGACAAGAUGGUUGUGAGCCACCAUGUGGUUGCUGGGAUUUGAACUCAGGACCUCUGGAAGAGCAGCCAGUACUCUUCACCACUGAGCCAUUUCUCCAGCCCCCAAUAGAUAUUUUUUAAUAAGAUUGCCUGGCCAUUCCGUGCACCCUCCCUGCUCUCACUUCCCUCCACUUGCAUUUUUCCACUUGCCAGAUUCUCAUUUGCGUACAGCCUAUAUGAAAAACUGUGGAAGCAGGAAGUACUCCUACCCUGGGCUCACAGGCAACAAUAAAGUCCAUCCCUUACGAACCAGACUCCCCCAAAAACUGCACACGACUUGCUGGCUACAAAAUCACCCUGGUAAACCUCAGCCGGAGCAAAUCCCGGAAGAGCCAAAGGCGACAGACCCUCAGCCUACCAAAGAUGACCAGACCGAGGUUGCAGAAGGAAAGUGGUCCUUGAGACAGAAAAUCAUAGAUGAAGUUAAAUACUAUUACAAUGGAUUCAGUUUACUUUGGAUUGACACCAAAGUCGCUGCCAGAAUAGUUUGGAGGCUGCUGCACGGACAGGUGCUAACCAGACGAGAGAGGCGAAGGCUGUUGAGAACGUGCGCUGAUGUCUUCCGCUUGGUCCCAUUCGUGGUGUUCAUAAUUGUACCUUUUAUGGAAUUCUUGAUACCAGUGUUUCUGAAGCUCUUCCCAGACAUGUUGCCAUCAACUUUUGAAAGUGAAUCCAAAAAGGAAGAAAAACAGAAAAAGAUGAUGGGUGCCAAAUUGGAAAUAGCAAAAUUCCUUCAAGAGACGAUGACAGAGAUGGCGAAGAGGAACCGAGCCAAGUUGGACGACGACUCCUCCGAUUCCUCACAGCUCUCCUCUUAUGUAAAACAGGUCCAAACAGGUCACAAGCCCUCCACUAAGGAGAUAGUUCGCUUCUCCAAACUCUUCGAGGAUCAGUUAGCCCUGGAACACUUACGUCGACCCCAGCUAGUCGCCCUGUGUAAGCUGCUGGAGUUGCAGGCCUUCGGCACAAACAAUUUGCUCCGCUUCCAGCUCCUGAUGACCCUGAGGUCUAUAAAAGCAGAUGAUGAAGUCAUUGCCAAAGAAGGGGUGAAGGCUUUAAGUGUGUCAGAACUUCAGGCUGCGUGUCGGGCCCGGGGGAUGAGGUCGCUGGGCCUCACUGAAGAACAACUGCGCCAGCAGCUCACAGAGUGGCUGGACCUCCACUUGAAGGAGAACGUCCCCCCUUCUCUCUUGCUCCUGUCCCGCACCUUCUACCUGAUAGACGUGAAGCCAAAGCCUAUUGAACUCCCACCCAGUAUAGAGACUCCAAAGACAAACCUUGGGAUACCGUCAUCUCCGCCCCCCGAGUCAAAGGAGGACAUUACGGACCCUGCACCUCAGCUAAAUGGAACGAAGGUAUCUGGAAGGGCGCUGAGGCUGCGGAAUCAGGCCCACCGCAAACACUACGGUUCUUGCUGGCAUCCAAACAGGAAGGACUCUAGCAAUCUCGUAACUGCUGCCUUUUCCCCUCAACUAUCCAAAAGUAGAGGGGAGAAGCCAGCCCCCUGGUGGAGCAACCUGAGCAUGGAAGUCUAGGAGCUAAUUACACUAUAGGCAGAGCCUUGGUUUUUAUGUGCUGAAUGCAAAUGGUUCCCACAUGUUAUGUAGUCUACACAGGUUUCUGAUGUCAGGAAAUACAAGCAGGGAAACAAUUAAAGUUUUAGAAAAAUACAUGUAAAUAGGAAAUUUCUGUGCCCACUUCUCCCAUUUGGGCCAAGUAAUUUGGGGGAGGCCAGAAAGCAUGACAGGCAAACAGGAGGAAGGUCACCCAGUGGAGGGAGUGGGUGGUUGGGGGAGAUGGACUGCAUGUGACAGGUCCACUGCGGAUGGAUAGUGGGUGAGCCUAUGGCUGGGUCGGCAUUCAGAGAGGCCCGUGCCUGUGUCUUCACCUUCAUCACCAAAGCAGUCACACAAAUCUGAUUUUGUGGCCGCUGCUGUCUGGUUGCUUUUCUUUGUGGAGGGGUGAGGGUGGAGGACGUUCACUCUGAAUGUAGUUCAGGCCUUCCUGGAUCUCAGGCCGGCUCUGCGACCUCACCAGCCUCCGGACAGGGAUUACAGUCAGGUGGGGAUCACAGGCUUGACACCCGUUGAGCCUGGCUUGUGGCCAUUAAUUUAGAAGGUCAAAGUGGAUGCCUGCAGAACUUAAGCUGCUUGUGACCAGAGCCUAAAGUCCUGUUUUAUACCCAGAUCCUCCAGGCCAAGUCUCAGGAGACCUCACAGAACAGCAAGGCUAAUUCAAAAGGAGCCUAAAGAUACCUUGAAGAUGGGCCUCACUCUCUCCAAUCACUGCCAGUCAGCAGUGGCGUCCAUGAAGGAGUUCUAGCGGAGACUGUCUGGCUUGAGAUAAAGGAUCAGCCAUUAAGUCGUUGGAGGCCUCGUGACCAUUCGUGAUCCGAGCAGUGACACCAAGUUCAGGCCACUUAGAGAAGCUUAAUUACAGCCUAUCUCUACUGUAUAAUUUCGUCAUCUUACUAAACGUUGCAUAAAGCCACUCCCACCA